AUGCAGAUGCAGCAGGACAUCGCCGCCGGCAUGGCGUACCACUCGGCUGGUUUCGCUGGCCUCCCGACGUACUGCUUCUCGCCGCCGCCGCCGCACCAGCAGAACCACUCGUCUAGCUCGCAGGACCUCGACUUCGUCCAAGGGUUGCUGGCCAGUGACGGUGCCGCUGGUGGCGGCAACGGUCAUCGCCCGCCCUGCAGCAGCUCUUCGUCGCCUGGCCGUGGCGCCGUGAUGAGCGAGACCAGGAAGGCGAGGCGGCUGGCGUCGAACCGGGAGUCGGCGAGGCGGUCCCGGGUGCGGCGGCGGAGGCAGCUGGACGAGCUGUCGGCGAUCACCGCGGAGCUACGCGCGACCAACCAGCGGCUGGUCGUCGAGCUGAACCGCGCCGAGGCCAGGUACGCGCAGGUGGCGCGGGAGAACGCGCGGCUCCGGGAGGAGGCGUGCCGCCUGCGGGAGAAGCUCGCCGCCGACGACGCCGAAGAGACAGAUGAAGCCGGAGGCGACGACGGCGACGAAGCUGCUGCGAGGACACCCUAG